GAGCUGCGCGGCAGCGGGGCUCAGCAUGCCGCGCUCCGACGGAUGGUCGAGCGGAUUCGCACACCGGUCAGCCAGACGUACGCUUCACCUCACCUGCCCUGCCUUGCCCUUUCACUCCUCCCCAGCCCCGCCGGCCCGCCCACCCUCACUUUUUACUGAGGCGCGACUCGGCGUCCGCCGGAUCGAACUCGCGUUCCGCCGCGGCCGCCAUCUUCCCAGCUCUGUCCCGCGCUUCCGGCACCGGUGCGCAUGCGCAGCGAGCGCGGAGAUGGCGGCGCCCUCGCGGAAGGUGUUUGUAUGGGACGAUGGCACACCCAUGCGCUUCUACAUACGGCCCGGGAUGGCCAAGCUCCGCCUGGCGCCGCUGCUGCUGGCGGGGGGCGCGGGGCUGUGCCGAGUACAGGAGCCGGGCGCCGUGCACCUGGUGCAGCCCGGGGAGCUGGCGCCUGACGGGGCCGUCUCCACCGAGUACGUGGUGGCGUGCGUGGAGAGGCAGCGGAGGCUGCCGCUGGACCUUUACCGGCAGAGCGGCCCCGCGCCGCUCACCGCCUCGCCGCGCGGCCGCCUCCCCUUCACCGAGGCGGAGGACGCGGCGCUGCUGCAGGCCGUGCGCGAGCGGAGCGGGGCGCGGGUGAGUGGCACGACGCUAUGGAAGGAACUGGAGUGCGCCGGGCUGACGCGGCAUAGCUGGCAGGCCAUGCGCGACCGCUACCUGCGGCACCUGCGGCCGCUGUACCGGGAGCCCCAGCAGACAGAGGAGGCCGCGGCGCCGAUGGGCAUUUUCGAGGCAGCGAAUCGGGAGUUUGAGAGCUCCGGGUCAGAAAGUGACACCUCGGACACUCCAGAAGAACUUCCUAUGCAAAAUGGAGAAGGAAUGUUUUCAGGGGAAGCAGUAUCUGGACUGAAGGACUGUGCUCUCCCUACUGCUCAAGAAGAAAAUAAACAAACACACACUUGCCCUGAUUCUAGCAAAGUUGAAGAAGCAGCACAAAUUAUUCAGCACUUUGUGGAGGAGUUCCACACGGACCUGCUCACUGUUAUGCAGGCCUUUUUGAAAAACAGUGGUGAAGUGGAGGCUACUUCAUACUACCUGCAUGCAGGGCAACGCUCAGAUGGGUACCCUGUGUGGAGCAGAGAGGAUGACCUGGAAUUGCAAAAGGAUGAUGAGGAUGUCAGAAGUAAAUUGAUAGCAAAAUUUGGAGCUGAAAAUGUAGCAAGGCGAGUAGCAUUUAGGAAAAGUUAAAAUAGCAAAGCAGAGUGAAAUGACCAAUCUAGAACAGUGGCAAGAAUGUACUUUUCUUUGUUUUUUUAAGUCACUUCAGAAUAGUACUUUAGAAUUUCCCAUCACACUUGCAUUUCUAAAAGUUUCAGAAAUGCUUUAAAAUAAUGUUUAUAAAAGGUGGCUGUUGUACUGCAUUCAGAAUAUACUGAAGCAUAAGUAAAAAUGGUGGAGAGGUCCUAUCCAGUAUCAAGUUCUCUCACUGCAAAUUUGAUUUUUAAACUGUAUAUCUACUACGUACUUCUGACAGUCUGACCUGUACUUUGCUGUAUGCAAAGGAUUUUGAACAUGGUUGGCUAAGUUUCAUUCAGUUUUCUUCUAAAGCAUUAUUAGUGUGCUGUCUGUUACAUGUGUCAUUUCAGAGUGCUGCAGACAAUCAUCUAAGAACCUGCUCUGCUGGCUAUUUUCAUUAUCUUUUGUUGUUGUUGUAGCUGAUGUGUGGUGGAAGUACCAGUGAAAGUUUAAUAGCUUAAAAAGAGGGUCAAGAGCAUUCAUGCUAGAAGACUUAUUUGAGGCACUUGGUCUAAUGAAUCAACACUGAGAUCUGGGAAUGGCCAAAAAUGUUCCCUGGGCUAUUAUAAUAGUCAUUCUUACAUUACAGUGAUCCCUCAAGCCAGCAGGCAGUCACUGGAGUUUUUAUUACCACUUUAAUAUGUGUUCUCCAGCACUAAUAUUGCAGGAUUUGUUUAAUAACAUUAAACGUAUCAUCUGGCUUUACCAUUUCAAAACCAGUGAUCAGCUCUUCCCUAGCUACAGGUUGAAGAGUCCCAAAAUCCUCAAUCUAGGUGGAGUAACCUAGUAUCUGUCUCAGACUUAAAGUAAAAAAUGUGCUCGGAGUAUCAGCUUUGUCAUGUUAGAAGGAGUGAGAAAAUUUCCAAUAUACAGUCACAAUCCAAAAAAUUCAGUUACUUCAACCUGAAAUUGCGCUCUGGUCUCUAUUUAAAUAUUAUUUCAACAAUCACUCAAAGCAACAGCUUAGCACUAGUUGUUUAUAACUCCUUUAAGUCUGGAAUUCAGUCAUCCUUUUGGUGAAGUAAAAUGGGCCCCUUUGAUUAUUGACUUGUUUUAUCUUAACACUUUAGAAGAGCAAACUCUGACUUUAUACCAAUAAACUUGACAUUUAUUUAUAAACAAA